GGUGUCAAUGAACUGGUCCCAAAACUGAAACCUUUCCUUGUAUAAUUCAGUUCUGAUUUUAAAGUUCUCAUAUAUAUAUGAGAACGCCACGAUAAUAAAUAACAAUCAAACACCCAAAGUGUAACAUGCACACAAUAAACCACAGUGUGGUUUAAUAUAUGUGAUGGAUGAGGAUGAUGCGACCACGGAUGCAGUUGACGCCAUGGAUGUCCAUUUAGUGACAGUAACGAAUUUGCUAAACUCAGCCAAUGUGUGACCUGACAGCUGACGAUUACAAGAGAGCGCGAAAUAGAAGCUGAAUAUAAGUAUCCAAUAUCUUCAUGUAAACCUAACGAGUUCUAUUUUUUACGGAUACUGUGAUUUUGCAAAGAACAUGUCAAUCAGAUUUGAAGGUGUUUCGAAGAGGAAAGUAUGGAUUGUAUUAUACUAGAUAAAAUCCGCGACUUCGUCUACUUUUUUGAGAUAAAAGAUGACCCAUGUUUGCCCUUGUCAUAUCUCUUUGUAUUAAAUUCUGCCGCUUAGCUAUGAGAAGGUACUAAAUAGACAGUGAGAAAAUCUUUCAAAUUUAUAAUAUUCGUAUGAAUUAAAGAAUAUCGUAAUAUUUAAUUCACUUUAUGUCAUAUAUUGACAUAAAGUGAAUUAAAACAAGAAACUUUAGAACCAAGAAAAUAUUGUUAUUAUGUUGUUAAUGGGAUUUCAUUUCUAUUAAUCAUCAUCUGCUUAUUCCUUAUCCCUUUUAUUUGAGGUCGGCGUCAUAUGUUUUUCUCUUUCAUUCAUCCCUGUUCGCAGUCAUCUCGUUAUUUACUGACUUUCUUACCAUCUCAUCUUUCACACGCUCCAUCCAUCUCCUUUUCCGCCUUCCUUUGCAGUUAUAACCAUACACAUUCCAAAUAUUAUCUUUAUCUCUAGCCGUUAUCUCAUUUAUAUGUAUGCAAGGAAGCUAUACCAAGUCAAGUCGAUUUCCACGUGGUCACUAUGGAAACCACCAUGGCUAAUAAUGAUUUCAUUCUCAUACUUUACCGGUACAGCCAGGGUGCUGCUACUACAACUGCUAAACAGUAAUCCUUCAGCUCCUCCGGGGCAGGCGAUUCUCCAUGACGAUUUUCUUCAGCCACCAAAAGAAUGUCAAAUUUGGAAUAAUAAGAAUCAACAUUAUUAUUAUAAUAAUGAAACUCUCCUAAGUAAACAAUAUGAAGAUUGUUUAUAUCUUUCAAUAUAUACUCCUCAUGUAAAUAAACCAGAGCUUCACUUACCAGUUAUUGUAUGGCUUCAUGAACAGUCUAAAUGCCAUGCACCCGAUUUUUUUAUAGAAGAAGAAGUUAUUGUGGUGACUAUUUCAUACAGAACAUCUAUAUUUGGAUUUUUGAAUACAGAAGAUGACUUCGCUAAAGGUAAAGCAGCUAUAUUGGUGGCAUCUCUAUUGGCGACAAGUACUGCGGAAGGUCUAUUUACUAGAGUAAUUAUUCAAAGUGGGUCGGCUCUUUCGCCGGCUGAUUAUAGAAAUUCAAAUUUUGAUAUUAUGAACAAAUUAUACUGGAAUUUAAACGGUCCUUUCGAAAGAUUGAAUAGAAAAAGACUUUAUGAAAUUCUUACAAAUGCUUCCGUAAGCAAUUUGUUAUCAGCAUCACAAGAUCUUUUUGAUGGAACGGAAGUUAGAAAUAAUCAAAGAUUAAUCAAUACAUUCGGGCCCACAGUCGAAACUUCAAAGCAAUCUUUUAUGAAUAGAUCUCCUUUAGAAGUGUAUAAAAGAAAAUUCACAAAUAACAAUGUCGAAGUAAUGAUGGGAUAUACCAGUUUGGAAUCUCUCUAUAAAUUACAAGGUUUCGCGAACAACAAAAAACUUUUGAAGUAUUUAAAUCAUAACUUCCAAUAUAUAUUGCCAUUCGAAGGAAAGAAAGACGAAUAUGGUUCAAAGCGUUAUACGAAAAUAAGAGAGAGAAUAAUGGAUUUUUAUUUCGUUAACGGAACGAUCGGGGAACGGAGCUUGAGACGAUAUGCAAAAUAUGUUUCAGAUCAAGUUAUCUAUCCAUUGCUCCGCCAAGCGAGACUACACGUCGAAGUGUCAAGCAAUAACGUUUACUUGUACAGAUUUUCAUUUAAAGGCUCCCUCAAUACCAGUUGGAAUUCUUCUGUACGAAAUUUAGAUUGGCCUGGUGCGACGUCUGGCGACGAAAUCUGUUACCUAUUCAAAUGCAAAUCAGUAAACGACGCUUACAAUAGCUUGGCAGCGUCAAAUGAAAGGCACUUCAUUAAGAAAAUUGUGAGGUUAUUGGCGAAUUUUGCUAAAUACGGAAAUCCUACGCCAAAAUUCUAUGAUGACAUUCUAGGUGAUUUGCAGUGGACACCGUUGCUAAUGGACAAAACAAUGAGAGGGAUGAAUUUGGGUCAGAAACUUAAAAUAGUUAGCGUACCAGAGCAUAAAAGAAUGAAGUUUUGGGACGAGUUGAAAACUGAUUUUUUUCCCGAGAAACCCCUGAAUGAAGAACUAAUAUAA